UGGAGCCUGACUGAAAUAUUUACUAUCUAAAUUCACAGCGGUGAGAGGGAAAUGUAUUGCCUGUAUUAUGCUUUGGUUCACAUUUUAGCUGAAAAUUCUCCGAUACUUCAACUUUGUAAUCGAUUGUAGACGUCCUAGUUGUGUCUUCUGGUCAAAGUAAACCUAAACUUAAAAACACGGCUGGGCUUUUAAGGGGAAAAAAACUAAUUUCUUGUCAAUAAAUUCGAACUUUUACAACUUCUAGUGCACAUGAAUGCAGCAUCAGCACAUAUUGAACUGCGACAUCUAGUGGUGAAAAUGUGUCAUCACACUGAACAGCAUAACCAGCCAUAAAAGAAAAUCUUGACAUAAAACCCUGUUUCCCAUGCAGUUAUGAUUUUGUUAAUUUAUUAAUUAAUUGUGUUUGAAGUAAAGUAGUCAGAUGAGCUAUAAAACAAUACAACAACAAAAAAUAAACAAUGUCAUGUGCAGCUUUACUUCAUUAAAACUACAUUAUUCCUUCAGUCCAGAUAUUAAUGGAUCAAAGUUAAAUAAAAUCCCAUGACCACAACAACAGCAGUCACACUUAAAAAAUAGAAUAGAAUAAAUAGAAAUAACACAAAAAUAUCUCAUGAAAUAGUGUGUGUAUAAAUUGUUUAUACCUACCUCAUGGGUGCAAGACAUUUCCACCUCUAGUUGUCAUCGUCAGCACCGGAGCAACCACCACUGGCACUCUCAUAAAAGAAACUCUGCUGGACGACUGACUGUGUUUGAUUACACCAGAUUGUUACUUGGCAGUCCACGCCUCCACAGGCUUCCUGCAAAUAAACUAAACGGAAAUCUAACCCUCGUGUCUGAGUGAGGCUGUCUCUGCUGCUCCUUAAUCCGAGCUGGACUGAUAAUGGAGCUGUCUUGUGAGUCAGUGAGGUAUCCUGAGGGCAGUCGACCGGCCAGCUGCAAGUUUGUGGAGCUCCAUGUGCUGUAUGUGCCAGACGACCAGUGGGAUGUGAAGCUCAAUAAAGUCCCUGCUGAAGCCAUAGAGAGCUUCAUAUCAGCUGGCUUCAUCAGAGUUUAUCCUGACACCACAUUGAAAACUCUGAGGAGCGAGCUCGGAGCUCUUCUCGGCGCAGAGAGGAGCGUCGACAAAUUCUCCUUCCUGAAAUGUGUGGGGCGCAGUUUGGCACUGGUCAAGAGCAAACAGGAGAGGGAUCUGAAAGUGAAAACAUUCGCUCCACCCUAUGCCCCGCAGCCAGAGCUCUACCUGCUGCCCUUUGUCGAGAGCAACAGCAGCAUUUGCUCCCAGUCUCUCACCCCAGACACCAGCAGCAGCUCCCCGGACCACCAGACAUAUUACCACCCUCCUAAGACGUGCAGCCUGCCAGCAAGAACAAAAGGACCUGUUAAAUUCCCCCUCAUCCCUCAGUGUUCCCAUCAGCCACCUCCCACCCCCGGCCUGGAAGAGGAGGAAGAGGAGGAGGAGGAGGAGGAGGAGGAGGAGGAGGAGGAGGAAGAUGCAGAGCAAAGCUAUAGUUCUUCAGAGGCAGAGGGAGAAAAUGAAGAGGGGGGUCUUUCUUCUAACAAGUUAGAGUGGACAGAGCAGGAAUGUUGCCCCAGGAAGCAUCAGAGCCAAAGAGCACCACAGGCUGCUUCACAGAGUAAAGGUGCAAUUAAAGCUUUACAGCGGCGUGAGGGUGAUUCAGCUCAGGUGAAGGAGUUCCCUGGGAUGGAAAAAAGCUCCAGAAAGAAGAAACAGCACCACAGACGGAACAGAGCGGACAGAGAUUCAGGAGAAGCCCCCUCUCUGGAGGACAGAGAUUCAGGCUUCUCUCUCACAGAUGGGCUCGGGAAAUCAAAGGAUGCUCUGAAGUCCUUCAGGAAUAAACCAACAAGUGGAGUGGCAGAGAGUCCCGCUGUGCUGUCUCGGCCUGUUCGGUGCACCUCUCCCCCUCCAGGUGCACGCCUGGCCACGGCCACUCAAAAAACGUCCAGCUCUUCUGUCUUUCAGACAAACAGAGAGGAACUGAUCGAGGAAAUCAAGCUGGUGAGGGAGGAGAGAAAGCAGCUGGAGUGGACGAGGCAAGAGUUGCUAAGAAAGGGGAAAGAUCUGUUGGCUCAGAACAGACACCGCAGGAACCAAGCUCGUGACAGUUGGAAAAAGAAAUAUUUUGAAACCAAGAAAGCCACGGCACCACUGGAGGAAAGUCUGAGAAACCUGCGCCAAGAGCUGGAGACAUUUUAUAACAAGCUCUUGCACCAGCUGCAGGCCAGAGACAACCGAGGGAAGCCUAGACGGCAGGGCAGAUCCUCCCUGAAGAAUGAGCUCAUCAUUCAGAUCAUGACAGAGAGCCAGGAGAUAGACAACCUGAAGAGGAAGAUAGAGGACGCCAAGAUGAAGCUGGUAACAGAGAUAAAGUUGAGGAAACAGGCCGCCACAGAGCUGAGGGCCCUGAAGGCUGAGCUGGCCCAGAAGAAGAGCCAGUCCUCUCAUCCUGGUCCCACGGCCUCUCUCUGCUUUGGAAACCCCACGCGGGACAGAGCACAACUUCAAAGCACCUCCAUCUAACUGAGCAAACACAGAACUGUGAAGACUGGUGUCGGCCGGGACCAGAUAGAUUUUGUUACAUGUUUGUGUCGAAUGUGUUUGAUUUCAUGCUGCUGUACUUUCUACACAGCUUACUGUUUGUGCGCAAGUUGUGUAUUUUUGUGCUGUUCUUUUUUCUGCAUUUUAUUUUUACUCAAAGGGUAACUCCACCAAUUUUAGACAUUAAAGUGUGUUUACAGGUCUCAAGGAGUACUGCUGUAUGUGCAAACUAAAGUAUAAGAUGAAUUUUGUGGCUCCAAAGGAAGCUGCGUGUAAUCAGAAAAACUGCCUCCAGGGAUGUCACUCAGUAGCUAAGUUGCAUUGUGGGUAAUGAAGGCUUCAGGUUUUGAAAAGCAGUCCAGCAGUCUAACCUACACUGGUCUAAAACAUUACAGCAGAACCAGAUGUUGUUUUUUUUUUAUUCCCAAAAUGCAACUGAGCCACUAGGUAACAUCACUGGAGGAAAUGUAUCAGAU